AUCAAAGCAAAGGUGUCAAGCUUUCGUCCACUGGAUAAUGAAGGCACUUGCGGUAUCAAUCUUUGUUCUUCUUUCGUUCAUCAUUUCCUGUUUGUCUUGUCCGUUCCUGCCACCAUGUGAAUGCGACUCCAAAUCUUCAACCGUGUACUGUAGAAAUCUAAAUCUAACCUCAAUUCCGAAAAUUAUGCCGACAAACGGUUCAUGGACAGUAUUUUUGAAUAACAAUAGAUUAAGGCAAAUACCUGGAAAUGUAUUUAUGGGGAUAAAGUUGCAUAUGUUGGUACUAGAUAAUAAUGAAAUAGAAACGAUUGGCGAUCAAGCCUUCAUUGGGAGUGAAAAAUCGAUAAUCUUUCUAGACAUGGUGGGAAAUAAAUUGACGUCACUGCCAACAGCCAUUGGCAAGCUUCAAAAUAUAAUGUCGCUCUCUGUAUCUGGAAACCCGUUGCCUGAUUUAGAUAACGAGAUCAUGAAGAACGUUUCGAAAUCUUUGCUAUUUAUAGAUUUUGGAUCACGUGAUCUCCAAGCAUGGCCAACCAGUUUGAAAUGUCUCACAAAAUUAGCCUCGAUAGACAUUUCAGGUGUGUCCUUUAUUAGUCUGCCAGAAGACGUUUUCUCUCCGUACAAGGACUCUUUGCAACAUCUUGGAAUCCACGACACGAAUUUGACAAGACUUCCUUCUUCGAUGAAUGAACUUCACAAUCUCCAGGAUCUGAAACUAGAUGGAAAUACCAAUCUUACCGCGGAAGCGAUACAGAAGUCAAUGCCUGAAGGUCUACCGGGUCUUAUAGAGGUCACUUUCCAAAACAAUGGACUUACAAAGCUUCCAGAAAUUCUCCUGAACGCCAGCCAUCUUUACAGCGUCACAGUUUUGGACGAACCUGUCGUGUCGUUUGGUGAAAACUUGUUCACAUCAAACUUCAGCGACAGUUAUAAAUAACACCAAAUUGUCCCAUGUUCCAAAGUGUGUCUCGAAAGUGAAUAGCAUUACACAACUUCAAAUAACCAGCAGUAAUAUUUCAUCCAUACACGAA